AUGAAGGCGGUGAGCCCGGUGCGCCCCUCGGGCCGCAAGGCGCCGUCGGGCUGCGGCGGCGGCGGCGGCGGCGAGCUGGCGCUGCGCUGCCUGGCCGAGCACGGCCACAGCCUGGGCGGUUCGGCGGCCGCGGCGGCGGCGGCGGCGGCCGCGCGCUGCAAGGCGGCCGAGGCGGCGGCCGACGAGCCGGCUCUGUGCCUGCAGUGCGAUAUGAACGACUGCUACAGCCGCCUGCGGAGGCUGGUGCCCACCAUCCCGCCCAACAAGAAAGUCAGCAAAGUAGAGCUCCUGCAGCACGUUAUCGACUACAUCCUGGAUCUGCAGCUGGCGCUGGAGACGCACCCGGCUCUGCUGAGGCAGCCGCCGCCGCCCGCGCCGCCGCACCUCCCGGCCGGGACCUGCCCGGCCGCGCCGCCGCGGACCCCGCUCACCACGCUCAACACCGACCCGGCCGGCGCGGUGAACAAGCAGGGCGACAGCAUUCUCUGCCGCUGA